CAUUGGCUAUCUUUGACUAUAUUUGUUAGAAUUUGCACUAUUAGAACCUUAAAGUGACAGCUUGCCGAAAAAUGAAACUUCUGUUUUCAUGGCGUUACACUUUCUUCAUUUUAAACAAAUAUCUCUUUUUUUUUUUUUUUUUUGGUCCAUACAAUGAAAGUCAAUAGCAUCCAGUGUUGUUUUCAUUGUAUGAACUAAAACAUUCUUCAAUAUAUUUUCUUUGGUGUUCCACAGAAGAAAGAAAAUCAUACAGGAUUUCAUUUCUGGGUGAACUAUAAGUUUAAUGCUUGGUAUAACAGUUGCUCUAAUUGUGUUCUAAGUGACUUCCUGCAACAGGAUACAUGUGCCUCAUAAACCCUCAUCUAAACUCAUAGUGCUUGUAGUUCAGCACCUCCACCCUCGGUUCUAAUCUAUAAAUACAGGUGUGUUCCUGCUUCAGUUGCUCUUUCAAUUCACCUGUCUUUCUCACAGCUUUCUUUUAGAAAAUGGCAGAAUCCGACUACCUGGACUACACCUGCCCACUCUGCACAGACUCCCAGCGAGACCCCGUCACCAUCCCGUGUGGAGACACCUUCUGUCUGGAGUGCAUUAAGAUCUACUGGGACCAUUCUGACCACCUCGGCGUUUAUAGCUGCCCGCAGUGCCAGGCGACCUUCACUCCUCGGCCCAUACUCAGACGUAACGCACCCCAUGUAGGUAACCCGGAGCCUCGGCCGCCCCCACGUGAGCUCACCCCGUUUCCGUACUUCAAGCGUGACGCGCUGUGUGAUUUCUGUACCGGUCGGCGGAGCAAAGCGGUGAAGUCGUGUCUGAUGUGUCUGGCUUAUUACUGCGAGACGCACAUCAAGCCUCACUAUGAAUCAGCCACGUUUAAAAGACACAAACUGGUGGAUGAGACAGGACACCUGGAUCGGAAGAUUUGCCCACAGCAUGAAAAAGGCUUAGAGCUUUUCUGCCGCUCAGACCAGAUGUGCAUCUGUGUGCUGUGUACAGUAAGAGAACACCGCAGCCACAACAUAGUCAGUGCAGAUGAUGAACGCACAGAGAAACAGAAAAUCUUGGUGGUGACUCAGACAGAGGUUCAGCACAUUAUCCAGGAUCGAAUGAAAGAACUUCAAGAACUCAGACACAAUGUGGAUGUUCUCAAGGGAAAUGCACAGCGGGCACAGACUGACAGUGAUAAAAUCUUCAGCGAGAUGUUACAGGCGGUAGAGCGGUGGCAUGCUGAGAUAAGCCAGCUCAUACAAGCCAACUUACAGGCCUCCAUGGCUCAGGCUCAGGGUUACAUAGAAAGACUUGAACAAGAGAUCAUGGAGCUUCAGAAGAGAGAUGCUGAACUACGUCAAAUACUUGACACAGAGGACAACAUUCACUUCCUACAGAAUUUUCCCACUCUGUCAGUUGCACCGGAGCCCAUGGUGCCCAAAGUGCUGAUAAACCCAGAGUUUUCCUUCAGUGAGAUCACCAAAACCGUCUCUGACAUGAAAGAACACCUGGACGACAUCUGCAAAAAAGAGCUGGGAAACAUCUCCAAACGAGUGAGUGACACUUCAGUCUAUGUCCUGAUUCCGCGGUCUGGAGGACGUUUGAAUGCUUCGAUAAGAACUGACUUCCCAGAGCCUAAAUCAAGACUGGAUUUCCUCAGAUAUUCUUGUAAACUUACAUUUGAUAUCAACACCGCCUAUAAAGAGCUAGUUCUUUCAGAUGGGAAUCGUCGGGUGAUCCGAAAGCGAACAACCCAGUUCUACCCAGAUCACCUGGAGCGGUUCGAUGGGUUUUGCCAGAUCCUUUGCAAGGAGCCACUCAGCGGAUUGCGGCAUUACUGGGAGGCAGAGUGGAGUGGUGAAUUUUCCAUUGGAGUUGCUUACAAGAGCAUCAGCCGCAAAGGUAAGAACUCCAACAGCCUUCUGGGAUACAAUGAUAAAUCCUGGAGCCUCCUGUGUUCAGACUCUGGAUACUCCGCCUGGCACAAUAAGAUGGAUAAAGAUCUGCCGGGUGCAGCUCGUGCCACACGGAUCGGUGUGUACCUGGAUUACGCUGGAGGAUCUGUAACCUUUUACACUGUGUCUGAGACAAUGGAGCUCAUCCACAGAUUUCAGGCCAAGUUCUCUGAACCGCUGUAUGCUGGGUUUGGUGUUGGAUCAUCUGUAACUCUGUGCAUGCUGGAGAAAAACUACCGAACAUACCGCUAAAGGGUUCUGAGCUGACCUUUGACCCUGAGCUCUUUUAUAGAUUAAUCAAACAGAAUCUUGGAAGGGUGAACCAUGAAAUUAAAAAUCAUAUUGAAUUUAAGACCAUACUGAGUGGUGGGGGUAAGAUGAUUAUUGUGACAUUAUUUUCAGAAGAAUUUUACCUUGCAAUUCUUAUUACUGUAAUGCUAAAUACAUUCUCUAAUUCUUAUAUUAAUAUUUUUAAUAUGUGAUACUUUGUUUUUAACUUUAAAUUAAUAAUAAACACACUUCUGUUCCUCACAGCCUCAUUUUCAUUCCUGUCAAAAAUACCUGUCUAAAUUCUAUUACAGUAAUGAGUCAUGGUUUAAAAAAUGAGAAAAACAGAAAUGGGGGUAGAAUGUGCUUAUUCGUCCUAAAAAAGGGACAAGUACUACAAAGUUGUUUGAGUGGCAGUAAAUAUUAUUUAAAAAAAAUUAAGUUACUUCUUAGAGGGUGUGUAUAAAAAAGGAGAGCAGACAUGUUGGAAAAAAAACAAAACAAAGCAGGCUAAUCCAAUCAGGAUGAUUUCUUUUGAAUGAAGUGUCAUUUCAGACAUUCACACAUUAUAUCCAUUCCGCAAUAUUUCGGUUCAGAUAAGACAGAAGAUGCAGCUACAUCAAGAGAAAAGUGUGUAUUUGAGUGAUUGAGUGCAUGAGACAAAUAAAACAAGUCUUCUCGUCAUUAUUGUUUAUUGUCCAUUUGAAUGGUUUUUAAGAGCUUUUCAGUCAUUUCACCCAUCACCGAGUAAACAGAAAUAUGUACAGAUGAGAGGAAAGAUCCGUCACUCUGCGGUUUGUUUGUUUACACAUAGAUUAUAAACAUUCAAAUGCAAAUCCAGCUUCCCCUAAAAUAAAUUUUCCCUCUCAAUGUUUAAGACAUGGCUACACACAUUUCAUUAAUCUCUAAAUGUUACUCCCUCCUCUCUUUCUUCUUACAUCUAGAAUGACAUUUUCAAUGGAUGAAUAACCAUUAACAUAGUAAUUUAAAACAGGACAAACUUAAUCUGCUCAACAGUAUACAGUCAACUCACAGAGGACAAGUACAAGUUGAUCAGGAGCCCUGAUUUCCAAAGGAGUGGCUGUAUUACCAACAGGGGGCACCAAUCAUCGAGAAAUUUUCACACUCACCCCAACAAACAGAAAAUCUGAAAAAUAGGCCUAAAAAUGGGUGACUGUAAAUGCCUACAACCAUAAUGCCCCAAUAGCAUCAGUGUGAGUGAAUAGAGAUCAUGCUCCACUUUUGUAACAAUUGAAAACAAAACAGUCUGUCAGACAGAACCAGUUUAAUCAGAUCUGAUUUUUUUUAUAUUAUAUAUUUUUUUAAAUUAUACCUAAAAUAAAUGCUUUAAUAAGACAAGAAAAGUAAUUGCGUUGUCAUGCGUUUAAUGUAAUUUGGAAUGUUUGUUAAAUGCUUCACAGUUCAAAUAAUAUGAGUGUAACUGUAAGCAGUUAGUUGUGUCUCUUAGAUCAAGAAUUUAUCUCCAAUUCUAUUUCUGUGCAUUCAAUCCAAAGAUUUAAGUUUGUUGCCAUUUGUAUUGUAGAAUUCUAUGACGUCUGUAAUUUUUAUCCAUUUAGUUUAUCCUCUCUGUCUGACCUACUAUCAGUCUCUGCAUUUAGCAUAUCCACCUCUUGUCUAUCCUAUUUCAACCCUAACACCCAUUACAUGUGACGAAAGAAGAAAUAAACACCCACUGAGAACACACAAUAGACAACUGGGAGGUCACCAUGCAUGGAAACAGUGACACUCCACUCAAAAAACACAGCCAAUAGUUGGUUUAACAGUAAUAGUAAGUAAACAGUUUAUUAAAAACCAUUCAUUUUCUCUUCAAGAUUUCCUCAGCUAAAUCUGGCUAAUAAUUUAGUUUUAAAAAUAAAGAAAGCAAGCCUUUAUUGUCAUGUUGUGGACAUAACUGAUCUACCCACUAGUGGGAGUAUUGCAGCCAUGCUGCUUGCCUAAGGUGUUUGCUAUCAUCCAGGGAAUUUCUUAAAGCGAUAGUUCGCCCUAAAAUGAAAUCAUUUACUCAUCCUCAUGUCAUUCCAAACAUGUAUGACUUUAAUUCUUCUGUGGAACACAAAAGAAGAUAUUUUACUUAAAGAUUUGAUAGAUAUGUUGUCCAAACAUCAUUAAAAAAAAAAAAAAAAAAAAAA